UCUUCUUCCUGUCAACGCCACACGCGUGUGGGUCAACGCCACAUUGUAGUCCUCGCUUUUUAUUAUUAUAAUGGAAUUAAGUCAGCAAGUACCGCGCAAAAGUUUUAUAUGUUCAUUCUCUGACUGCCAUGCAUCGUACAACAAAGCAUGGAAACUAGAUGCUCAUAUUUGCAAGCACACGGGGCUGAAACCAUUUGUGUGUGAACAUGACGGCUGUGACAAGUCAUUCUGCGACAAGUACCACCUAGCUCGGCACCAGUUGAGCCACAGUGGAGAGAGACCCUUUAGGUGUACAGUAGAUGGAUGCACAGAGGCCUUCACCACAAAUUACAAUUUGAAGAAACAUGUUAAUCGCAAACACAACCAUGAGGAGAAACUGUAUGAAUAUGUGUGUAGCUUUGAGGGAUGUGGGAAAGUGUUCAGGAAGAACAAUCAGCUCAAGUCACAUGAGUGCCAGCAGCACACCAAACUACCUCCCUUUCACUGUACCUUUGAGGGCUGCGAGAAACAAUUCACUUUCCCCAACAAACUACGGCUUCACGAGAAGGUGCACAGAGGCUACCCCUGUGAAAAAGAUGGCUGUUCUUUCAUCGGAAAGACCUGGACUGAGUAUACUAACCAUAGGAGAGAUGUACACAGAGCCCUUUUUCAGUGUAAUGAGUGCAACAAGGUGUUUCGCGACACCUGGUUCCUGAAGCAGCACCAACGUGUCCACGCAGAGGAGCGCCAGGUGUUUAUCUGUCCCAGGGAGGGGUGCCAGAGGUCCUUCACUACGCCAUUCAACCUGCAAAGCCACAUCGGCUCUUUCCAUGAGGAGCUACGGCCUUACACCUGCCCCCAUGAAGGCUGUGGAAAGACCUUUGCUAUGAAGCAAAGCUUACAACGCCACAGUGUUGUUCACGAUCCAGAAAGGAAGAAACAGAAGAAACCCCGACCCAAGCGAUCCCUGGUUUCCAGACUGAGUGGUUACAAGCCCAAUAACAGUUGUCCAAAGCCCCAUGCAGCUUUGCAAUUAGAAUCCAUUGCAAGGGUUCAGUCGGAGUAAACGAACACUGUUGGAUCAGAGCCUAUUACCCUGGUAUCCCUUCUUCAGGACACAGUCUUUUGCAACUCUGGUUAAGAAAUCAAACUGUGACCAUCACUGUGACCAUCUGACCGGAUUUUGUCAUAUGGCAGUAUUACUUUCAGUGCCAAUUAGUGUAAAUUUACUCCAGACACCCCCCCCCUUGCCUUCGCUAGUUUAGUUCACUGUGCGUAGAUCUUUAAUUUGUACUUGAGCUCAUGAGUUUACACACACGACUGUUCAGUUUGUAUUAAGUUAAGUGCUGUGAGGUCUGUUGGGAGAGCUGUAGGUGACGUGUUGGGCAUGGUGGGCUGUGAGCUGGUAUCAGGAUGGUGCUGCGGCAACAGUUCAUUUCUUUGACUUCCUUCGCAGGUGGACACAGGAUGCACAUGGCAGCUCUGCCAUAUUGGAUGACUUUGGGUUUGGAAAGAAUUCCGGUCAGCACCUCUGUUGCAGGGUUGUGUCCUGCCGUCAAAACCAUAAAAGUAUGGAAUGCGUUUGGGUCUUUGCGUGUCAAAAAAGAUACAUGUCAAAUAACACUUUGACGCAUGAAAUAAGAUUUUAAUUUGACACGUCAAUUAACUAAAUUCUAUUAUUUGCGCGUGCAAGCCAAGCGCCACCACUACUAUCAGUAACACUGUCAAAGUUGUACAAAAAGAGUCUGCAAACAAGCACACACAGGCCACGAACGAUGCGUUUACAAGUACCGCGUUGGUAAUAAGGCGUUAUUUGUUCGACCACUACUUCUGGGAUAGCUAGCUGGCACCAAUACAACCAGCCUGAAAACAAUGACCAGUAGAAAAUGCAGUCAUUUAAAUUAUUCUUAACAAUUAUUUAGGAAUCCUUGUAAGUAUUAGCUUCGGUAUCCAAUUGUUCGCCUAUUGAAACUGAACUUAAGUUCAUGAAAAUAAAUAGCUAGCCAACUACUUAAUUAACCCUGUUGCCCAAAGCUAACGUUAUAAGCAGCCAGCUAGCUUAAUCUGGCUCGUAAGGCUCAACCGGACCGGGGUAUGUGUUGUGAAGCUAGCCACAAUAGGAUUAGGCACAAUAAUGGAAUAUGCUGUUUGCCUUCAAAAUAAAAGUACCUCUGAAAGUGAUGCAGAAGGUUACAAUUGGUGGAAUCAUAUCUAGUCUAUUAUUUAGACUAGAUCAUGUUAAACAAGGUUGGAAUGUGAAGCAAUGAAAUGAGAUAUCAGUCUACUCAGUGACACCCACAGAACACAACUGUGAAGAGUUUAUGCAAAUAUUAGUGUUGUAGCUCUUAUCGUGUGACUGAAAUCACCUCCCCGGUCAGCCUAUUGUGUGUAUUGAAAUUCAUAUUGCUCUGUAGAGCUUUACCUAAGGAUUGGGGAUCAAUGAAAUUGGGUAUCAGUUUACUCAAUACCCAAUAUAUUUAUUUCCCAAUCAGACUCCAAAACAUCCAUGCAGUAUUGUUUUUCCCAGGGAACAAUGUUCAACACACAUAGGAGGUUGACAAUAAAUGUGGCUCAAUUCAGUUGUCUCGCAAUAAGAGCUACGAUGCUAAUGUUCUCUGAGUGUCACGGAGUAGACUGAUACCCCAUGCCAUUGAUCCACAAUCCAUAGGUAAGGCUGUACAGUGAAAUAAGUAUACCCCCAAUGCGAGUCUAAUACAUCCAGUGUGAUUUCAAAAGAUUUGUCAAAUUAUUGUAUUUUGUUGAUUUUAUAUAACAUUCCAACCUCGUGCAUAAUGAUCUAUUCAAUUAUGGCAUAAUUAUACAAGUUGUAUUCAUUUGCGUCACUGUCAAUAACAUACUUUAAUUUUGAAGGCUAACCGCAAAGUCCACUAUUGUGGCUAAUCCUUAUUGUGGCUAGCUUCACAGGUGGGUCUCGACCACCAUUAAUCAAUAAGAACAGUUUUAUAAAUUAGGGUUAUUUUCGAUGACACCUAGCUAUAGAUACUGAAACAAAUGUCGUUUUGCUAUGUUUUUGGGGAAGAACAUUGUUUGCGUCAUCGGCUAGCCAGCUUUUUUUUAAUGACCAGCACUGUAGGUGCGCGAGACAACUUUACCAGCAUCAGAGCAUACGUAUUGAUGAACAUUUGUGACAUAUCAAAUACAAUUGAGUGUAAUAACUACAUACAAUUUAACAUGUUCAUUAAUUUUGUGUGACGUGCAGUCAUAUUCAGGUCCUGAUUGGUCAACAAGCUUAUUUGACAUGUUAAAUAGUGUUAUUUGACGUGUAUCUUUUUUGACACGCGAAGACCCAAACAGUGGUCCAUAUAGAAAUACAACAUUAACAUUUGGCUUAUUCUGCAUUUGCACAUCUCAGGAAAAUCAACAUGGAGUCCUUGUACAGACAAUAGGGCACACUCCUUUUUUUCUGUCCACAAGAAUACAUUUUUAUUUAUUUAUGCAUGUCUGAGCCUAGUUUGUUGCUAACGAGUCUCUUUGUUCUGCCAAAGGAAAGUUGUUGUACAUAUACAGAAUUGAAUGUGUAUUUUUGCAAUAAAAAGAGACUUAAAACCAA